GACUUGCCACUAGCGUCAGAUUUCUAGUGUGUGUGUGCGUGAGUGCAGAGACGGAGCUAGAGGGGGAGAGGUUCGCGCAGGUUUAGGAGCUUUGAAAAGAAGAAAGACAUAAACCUGCUACUACCGCUGCUGCUGCUGCUGCUGCUACUACCACCCGACCGCAUUUCACUUUCUCCCAGCACUCUCACUUGUUCUGCGGGUAAAAAAAAGUUGGGAACGAAGCCAUGGACGCCGGGAUAACAUUCGGACGCGCGGUUCUCUCGUGCACCUUGCUGCUUUUGGCACUGCAAGUUUGCAGUGGAGCCGUGAUUGUCAAAGUGACUCCCACAAUAGAAGUGAUCAAAGGAGAAACGGCCCAACUGCCCUGCACCCACACUGUCACCCCAUCGGCAGCCAGCUCCAUCGUAGUCGAGUGGUACAUUGAGGACCUGGAUGCGAACAGGAAGCGGGUUGCAUUCAGUCAGGGGGGUCAAAGCAAAACCGAUGGGGACACCCCUCUGUCUAGUCGUAGCUCGAUUGGGGAGGACUUCACCUUGACCAUCACAUCUGUGCAGCCCUCGGACGAAUACAAAUUCUACUGCCAGGUUACCGCGGGACCAGCUGGCGUGAAUGAGGCUGCUACGGAGCUCAAAGUAUUCUUUGCCCCUGAGAAACCGGAACUGACCAAACCCUCCAGCCAAGCCAUUUAUGUGGACCAGGCCUCAAGCUCCGAGAUUGGAAGAUGUGUAACCAGGAACGGCCACCCUCAGCCCAGGAUUAUCUGGUUCAAAGAUGACCAGCCACUUCCAGAGGUCAAAGACAGAGAGCAAAAGACCUACAUGGUUCCCUCUGUGGUGAAGGAGUCAUCAGGGCUGUUCACGCUCCACAGUAAGCUCUACAUGAACCCCACAAAAGCAGACAAAGACUCAGAGUUCUACUGCAUAGUGGAGUACAAGAUGCCAGGAGGACAGGUCAAACAGAAGAAGUCUGACAGCACCAAAAUCAACCUUAACUAUCCUUCAGAGAGCGCCACCUUCAGUCUCGUCAACACAGCUCCAGUCAAAGAGGGAGACACUGUCACUAUGAAAUGUGAGACAGAUGGUAACCCACAGCCCGAGUUUGAGUUCACCAAAGAUGGUAAGUCUAUCCCAGGAGAAAGCGGAAUGCUGGUCCUGAAGUCUGUUAAGCGCACAGAUGCUGGAGAAUACCUCUGUACCGCUACAGACUUUGACAACUUGGAGGCUGACCUUAGUGGAAAAAUCAGCCUGGCUGUUGCCUACAUCGACCCAGUUAGCGUGACCCCAACCGAACCCCAAGUGGUGAUGUUCGGAGACAAAGUGGAAUGGCAGUGCAAGACUAAAGGAUCUGCCCCACACACAGUUCAAUGGAAGAAGGGCUCCGAGGUGCUCUCUCAGGAUGGCACUCUGUCCAUCCAGGAGGUUUCUUAUGAAAAAGCAGGACAGUACAUGUGUGUGGGAGCUGUGCCCUCUGUCCCUGGACUGGAGAGCCAUGCUACUGUCAACCUCACUGUCAAAGGAAAGCCAAUGAUUGAGACACCCGGCAUUGGAGAGGUUGCUAAGGAAGGAGACAUGGUGACUCUUAAGUGUGCUUCCUACGGCUUUCCAGCACCGCAGUUCACCUGGAAGCCUGCAGGAAAAGAGUCUGUAAUGGUGGAAGGCAACAAAGUGGUGAGCUCCGUGACACUGAAGGCCACUCCCGAAAUCAUGAAGUCCGGCGUUUCCUGCGAAGUCAAUAAUGAACAUGGCAAAGAUCAAAAGAUGAUCGCAGUAGCCCUAAAAAGAGCAGCUAACAACAACGCCGACAGAGCCGACGCGCAGCAGGGAGGCUCCAGCUCGGUGGUGAUCGCGGUGGUGGUGUGUGUCCUGCUGCUGCUGCUGCUCGUGGCCCUCAUCUACUUCCUCAACAAGAAGGACAAGCUCCCCUGUGGCAAGAAGGACAAGAAGGAAAUGGCCAGUGGAGAGGUCAACAAUGACAUCGUAGUGGAGAUGAAGACAGAGAAGGCCAAUGAAGAGUCAGGUCUACUCAAAAAGAGACCGUCCACUGAGCAGUGAUGAAUUGGGACAUUGAACGUGACUAGCAGAGGGAUGAAGGGAACGCGGAGACAGCUACGAAGAGGCGAUUUUUUUUUUCACUCGAGGAGAACCAGGGGAUGGCAAAAGGUGGAACACUGGACCAGACUACUUUUUGCUCAUACAAACUUUGGAACUUUCACGAUAUAGUUUGCAUAGUAUGCGUCAAACCUGGACUAGAUCUGCUAAAUGGAUUUUUUUUUACUUUCCUUUUCCAAAAUUCUAAUCUACUCCAGGUUUGAGAAGAUAGUGCAGCCACACGGAUCAUAACCACUGCUUUGUUUUGAUUUGAGAGAUGACUGAAUGUUUAUCACUUAUGCUUCUAUGGAAUCUGCACUUACUGUAAAAUGUCUGUUCUGUACAUACACAAGGCAUGUUUUAGGGAGAAAAAUCACUGGUUGCCUUUUUGUUUAAUGUCCAAAAACAAACAUAAUCUAAUUUCCAAAUGCUUGACAUCUGUGUUUUUUCCCCUAGUUUUUAUUUACCAUUUUCCCAUCCUUAACUCCAUUGUUGUUCCUUCCAAAAUGUCCCACAUUGAAAGCACAGCCAAAAAUUGAACUAGCUACAAGUUGUACAUGAUUUUUUUUUUGCCAUUUUGUAUAUUGUGUUACAUUGUUUGUCAAAUUAAUAUGGUCCUUCUUAUUGAACACUGUGCAUGACUCAAGGCCCAUUUGCAUUUGGUAUGUUUCAAAUUGGGUUGACACAAAUUGGUAACCACAACAUUUUUUUUUUCAUAAUAAUGUGUACCUUUCUUAGCAGUGUUCUUCAUUUAGGGCUACUACUACUAUGUAUCAUUGUCAAAUUGGUUAUAUCAAGGCCCAUCCAUAGACUUAAGUGGCUCACUAGCUGUCUUCUAAAUAGGAAGUAAGCACUGACACAUAUAACUGCAAACUCGAUGAGCUUCAUUUGACUGGAACCAAAUUCUAUGGUUGAUGUCCCACUCCCUUAACCCGCUUUUUACACAGUCUGUGGGCCUGUUCAGUAAGUACUGGCUUACAUAAAACCAGGCUCUUUUAAGACUAAUUUGAAUUUAAUAUAGAGAGAUCGACGUCUUUUGUGCGUGUCUCCUGCAGAAAGAGCCACCGUCCUGUCUUGUACCAUGCCAGUGUCUUGUAGGAUUUCAACAUUUUCUGGCUCUCCCAGGGGGCAGGGCUAGUUGUAUCGAUCAGAUAUGAGUGGAUGUUCAGCUACUGAAGUUUGAGCCACUUUUCACUUACGCACUCAGCUCCUUUUAACACAUAUGGGUCAUUAAGACAAAUCUAACUCACUAAUGUUAGUUUAGCACCAUAACCAUAGACUGUAUAAAAGAAGUAGACUAAGCAAGUGUGACGUCACCCAUAGUGUUCAGCACCGCUCAAAUGAGGCGAACGGUUACAGGAGCAAAUCAGGAGCCAGGCUUUAUGUUAUGAUUAAGAUUUUUUUGACGGACAAAAUAGCAAAAAAAAAACAAAACUCAAGAUCAUGUAGAGUGGGUUAAUACGAACAUUUUAAACCAAAAUGACAAUUCUCACAGCAGCAAUUACAGAGAGAGGGGCCAAAAGAUCCUAAUGUAAGUCAAGUCCUGUUGAACUUCCUAUUUGGCAUGCGGCGGCUAGCGUGUUAGCUAUGUCCACUCAUAUAUACGCUCUAUGAUCAGAACUUAUUUUAUCACAUGGUGAUAAAGGUUUUAGUGCGCUGACAACAUCGCUAGCUAGCGUUGCAACUUUAUGGUAACCGCGCAGAGAGCGGUUUCUGCUCUCAGGUUGCACUUGUGUUGAUAAAUAAAUAAUCCGUCUGUUGACAAAAUGUAAAAGAAUUUUGCAUUUUGUGUGUAGCUUGUAGCAUUAGAAACCAUUCCAUACCAACCCAAUUUGUAUCACUCCAAUCGCAAAAUGUUUUUUGGUCACUCAAGCUCGGACUGUAUACGGGAUACUGUUUCUGCCAUUACUGUUACAAGCACAGCACAAGAGAAUCCAAUUAUUGAUCAUUUUACAAAUCAUUGCUUUUUGAUUAGUUUUAGAGCCAGGCAACAGUGUAUGCAUUUUGUAAUUGGUUUGUAAUAAGAGAGUUACAACAUGAUGGUACGUAUGUUUUUCUACACUGUUAACAGGCCAGUGGGUAUGUUCAAGUGAAUGUGGCCUUUAAAUUAUGUUGUACACUGGAACGUAUUUUUUAUUAUUAAACUUCUCUCUUCCGAAA